AUUCAAAGAAAAAUCAGAAGGAAAAAGCCCACGAUUUGCAUUAUCUUCUUUUGGAUGAUUUCGUAAUGACUAAUACACCCAAUGUAAGAGGGUUAUACAAGUGUAAGAUGCACGGACAUUUCAUUUUCGCACACAACCCAUUCAAUAAGCUCAUCCUACGGUGGCUCAAGUGAUUAUAAGGUCCUGCCUUUUUGCAAUUCCUUAUUCUUUUUUUCCAAUUUUAAACACUACCAAACUUAUCACUGGCGAUGAAGGACCAGCAAGCAGUCUCUUCUUUAUCGAAAAAGAUUGAUUUGGCUCGCUGUAAAGGGCAAUGGCCGGCUGUUUUACAACUUUCGAAGGAGUACCAGAAAACGAAUCAGCACUAUUCAGCCGUUCAUGAUACUGUCAGAUAUGAAGCCGAAUUCUAUCAAACGCUAACAAAUCUGAAGGGCCACGAUAAUAAUGGGUCGCAAGAAAUACAUUUGAACGACACACCUCUCCAACUCCAUCUAACUUUGACUCCACAGAAAGCAAAGUCGAACACAUAUAUUCAAGCAUUAACUCAUAAGGUGGAGCGUAUACUCGAGAAGAGUACAAAGGCCAAUGACUUCGCGGAGGGUGAAGAAUAUUGGCAACUACAGGUAACUUUUUAAUGUUUCGUUGCAUCCAAUGCAAAUAUCUGACCCUUUCC